AUGUUGUACGGUAGUUUAAAAUUAAUUUGCAAUAAAAAAUUCUUAUUUAGUAUUAUUCUUCAUGCAUUACAUGGAUUUAUAUUUGAAAAAAGCAAGCUUUAUUAUCCAUAUACAUUUGAUCGAAAUAUUUUAUUUAUGAAAACAGAUUUAUUUAAAUUUUAUCUUGCAACAAGUUUUAUUUUUUUGAGUAUACCUUAUCUUUUAAGUAAAAUCACACCAAAUAAAUAUUUAUUAGCAUAUUCAUCGAUAGAAAAUCGUUAUAAAAAUCGUAAUAUAAUGGAUAUACAAAUAGGUAGUUAUUUAUUAGGCAUAUCAAUGAUAUUAACUGGUUUUUGUCCAUCAUAUUUACCAAUAUAUUUAGCUAUAAAUCCUAUUAUUUUCUUUUAUUGUAUUGCAGCUAGUUAUAUAGCUUAUGUGUUUUAUCAUGUUUUUGGUGGACUUUUAUUUAGUCGGAUUAGUGUUUCGCAGAUUAAUAGAAAUAAUAAUUCUCCUUCAACAUCAAGUGAUAAACAAAGUUUAAAUAAUAUAGGACGAUUUAUGCUAAUUACAAUUAGUAUAUUAUUACUACUUUUAUUUGAAACAAGUGAACAAUCAUUAUCACCAGGACAUUCAUCAGAUGAAUUAUAUGAUUUAUUGUAUCAUGGAGAUUAUUUACCACCAGGUUUAACUGGUUUAUUAUGUGGUUCUAUAAAUUUCCUUUUAAUUUUUCUUUGUAAUGAAUAUCAAACAUUAACAAGUGAAUGGUUAAUAAAUAUUUUUUAUUAUACAUCUGAUUUUCGAUUAGAUACAACAAAUAUCGUAACUGGUCAAUUAUGUAUUGAACAAAUAUUUAAAAUACUUUCGAUGGCAUUUGGUGUUCGUUUAUCAUUAUGGAUGAGUAAACGACAAGAAAUACCAAAUCUUGAUUGGCUCUUUUAUUCAUUAAUUGGUUUUGGAUCUUUUUUUGGUGCAAUGGCAAUUUGUUUUACAACAGCAACAUUUAGUGAUCAUAUUUAUUUAAAAUGUGCAUUUAUUGGAAAUGUACCACAUGAAGUAAUAUCAUUAACGAUGCAUGCUGCUUGGAUUUUAUUAUAUCUUAGUAAAUUAAUUGGACUAUCAAAUCUUAAAUAA